AUGUUAACUUCUGUCGCCUGUUCGUGUGUGCGAAACGGGAGGAAAGUCUCGGUCCCUGUAGCUAAGUUGUCCCUGUUUUCAACGGUUAAAAAGUCGACCAGAACCCUGAGUGUAACAGGGGUACACGAUUUGUCACGACACCGGUUACCCGGACUCCUCACGCCGACUCCCUGGCAGCUGCUGUCCGCCAGAUCUGUGUCCCUAUCAGCCGCUUCCCAUGGGGGUGCAGACCCUCUGGGCUCACCUUCAACCCCAGCCGAGAGCGACCCACCAGACAGGGAGAACUUCGGCUCCCUCUCCACCGACAUGUCCUCCAGGAGGUCGUUCAAGAAAAUGAGCCCAUACAUCCAGGACCUGCAGUAUCGAGAGGAGGACGAUAAUGGUGGUAAGGAGCUGGUGAGACCUCGCAGGAGGCCCGGGACGAGAAACACACCGUACUGGUACUUCCUACUGUGCAAGAGGCUGAUCAAAGAGAACAAGCUGCAGGAAGCUUUGGAUGUGUUCAGCAGAGACAUGCUGCAGGGAGAGAGGCUGCAGCCGGAGGAGUUCAACUACACUGUGCUGAUAGGAGGCUGUGGUCGAGCUGGACAGCCAAAGAGGGCCUUCAGACUCUACAAUGAUAUGAAGAAACGAGGUCUAGAUCCCACAGAUGCCACCUACACCGCCCUGUUUAAUGCCUGCGCUGAGUCGCCAUUCAAACAAGCAGGUCUCCAGCAAGCAUUGAAGUUGGAGCAAGAACUCCGUCGUAAAAACCACCCCCUCAGCACCAUCACGUAUCAUGCCCUCCUCAAGACACACGCCAUCACCAACCACCUUCAAGCCUGCAUUCACACACUCAGGGAGAUGCUGCAGAACGGCCACGCUGUAACUCGGGAGACGUUUCACUACUUGCUGAUGGGCUGUUUGAAGAACAAGGAAACUGGAUUCAGACUGGCUCUACAGGUUUGGCGGCAGAUGCUGAGAUCAGGGAUUACUCCAGACUCAAAUGACUAUAACCUGCUCCUGCGAACUGCCAGGGAUUGUGGGAUUGGCGAUGUCGCCCUCACCACUGGUGUGCUGCUGCAGCCUGGCCAGAAGUACGAGAGGGAUCGUGCAUCACGUGUGAAGUCAGAGUCUGGAUGUAAGGAUGUGGUAGACAUCGACCUCUUGGAGAGGCAGUUGUUUAUCCAACCUGAUCCACGCAGUGCGAGUCAGCAGGACAGCAGACACGGUGAGGAGGAGCCCUACAGCAGACAAGAAUCAACCCAUUUAGUACCAGUCAGACAAACAGAAACCAUCACGCUGCCUGUUGACUUAGCAAGUGAAUCUGCAGCCCCUAACCUGCUGGACAUUUUUGAGGGUAAGAGCAGCUGUGUGGUGUCCCUUGGCACCGUGGAUGGACCCACAGAUAGGCUCGCCCUCAUCGGAGGAGCAGAGGGUUUCCUGGAGAAGAUGGCGGCUAACAAACUGAGUCCAGACCUCAAAACAAUGACUCUGCUGGCCGACACGAUGGAGCCGAGCCACCAGUCUCUGCAGAUGCUGCUGAAAGUCGCCAAGCAGCACAAAGUGAAGCUCGAUGUCGCCUUCUUUAACUCUGUGAUUCGCAAAGCAGCUAAAGCUGGUGACCUGGAGGAGGCAAAGUCUGUGCUGAGUGUGAUGCGACAGCGUAAUGUAAACGUGGAUGCGCAGACAUUUGGGAGCCUUGCUUUCGGCUGUGAGCAACAGCAGGAUGGGCUGCAGCUGCUGACAGACAUGGAGGAGGCGGGAUUUAAGCCUAACAUCCAGGUGUUCUCUGCUCUGAUUGGCCGAGCAACUCGAAGACUGGAUUACGUCUACCUUAAAACAUUGCUGAAAAGUAUGAGAAGCAUGGGGGUGUGGCCUAAUGAGGUCAUCAUCAGACAGCUGGAGUUUGCCUCACAGUAUCCCCCCAACUAUAACAAGUACAAGUCCAGAAACAAAUACCUUGACCAAAUCGAUGGUUUCCGUGGUUACUACCAGCAGUGGCUGAGAGACAUGCCUGCUCAGGGCGCUGAGGACGAUCGGGCAGGGCUGCAGUCUGAGGCGGAUGCUGCAGUGUUAAAAACAGAAGCUGAAGACGGACUGACAGAGAACCAAAGGAACCAGAGGGCAGCAGCAAGGAGAUAUAACUCUCGUAAGAAGGACAAGACGAGCAGCGCUGCUUUGUGACAGCACUCCUGAAUAUAUCUCUCUUUUCUCUCCUCCGUCCUCUGAUGGUGUGUUUGUAUGCAGCUGUGUAACACUGGACGGACUCUGAGUUGAAGUAGCAGCUCCAUCUUCUGUCAGUUAACUUAUGGCAGAUGUGUUUUUCUCCAAAGACUGAACAACUGUAAUUUUCUAACGCAAUUAAAGACUGUGUAUUACACUA